AUGCGUUCUACCCUUCAGGCCUGCGCUGCGGCGCUGGCCUAUGCGGCAGCAACAACCGCAACAAGCUCGCUCAGUGAUAUUUGUCAAGUGAGCUAUGCCAAGAAAGCACUGCCUAUUGGUAUCAUUGAUGGCAUUACCAUUGAUGCAUCCUCGGUGUCUACCAAGAUGGUCACCAACUACACCGCCAGUUCUAUUUGGUUUCCCACGGCAACGUUCGACUACUGUAACUUGACAUUUGCCUACUCCCAUGAUGGAAUUGAGGACGAUGUUGUUCAUGUUCAAUAUUGGCUACCUGCACCAUCUGCAUUUAAGAAUAGAUAUGUUUCGACCGGUGGCGGCGGUUGGGCCAUCAACUCAGGAAGCUCUUCCAUUCCCACUGGUAUCGUUGCUGGAGGUGUUGGUGGUCUCACUGAUGGUGGAUUCGGGAAUUUCAACACUCAAUUCAGUUCUGUUUCUCUUCUGGCCAAUGGAACUAUUAACUGGCAGGCUACAUACAUGUUUGGCUACCAAGCCCAUAACGAACUUGCGAUUCUGGGAAAGCAGUUGACACGGAACAUUUACAAUUUCGCCUCUAGCAAAAAGCUUUAUUCGUACUAUCAAGGGUGCUCUGAGGGAGGCCGUGAAGGAUGGAGCCAAGUUCAGCGAUUUCCCGAUCAAUUUGAUGGUGUGGUUGCCGGCGCUCCUGCUUUUCGCUGGGCCCAGCAGCAGGUUAACCACUUGACUGGCAAUGUUAUCCAAAAGAACCUGAACUAUUUCCCCUCCAGCUGUGAGCUCGAAAAGGUUAUGAAUCUGACCAUUGAAAGCUGCGACCCCCUGGAUGGUAAGACCGAUGGUGUUGUUUCUCGUUCUGAUCUGUGUUUGGAGCACUUGGAUUGGAGCAAGAUUGAAGGUGCCUCAUACACUUGUGCCGCGGCCGCUGGCUCCUAUGGAAGCGCUGCCACCCCUGCACAGACAGGAAAGGUCUCAUCAAAGGCUGUUGAACUCAUUAAGACAUAUUGGAAUGGUCUUCACGACUCGGAUGGUCAGCGCGUCUACUUUACUUACCAGCCUGGCUCUACCUUUACCGACCUUGAGACUGAAUACGACUCCACUACAGGGAGCUGGGAGCUGGACAUCAGCGGCCUUGGUGGUAUCUGGGUCGCUCAAUUCAUUGACUACAUCAAAGAUGCCCAGAACAUCGAUAGCCUUACCGAUGUAACUUACGAUACAUUGAAAGAGUGGAUGAUCUUUUCCCAGAAGAAAUACGGCGACAUUUUGCAAACCACCUACCCUGAUCUCACCGACUUCCAGGCCGCUGGUGGAAAAGUGCUCCACAUCCACGGAGAGCAGGAUUACUCUAUUCCCACCGCUUCUUCUGUCCGCUACUGGGACUCGGUCAGGUCGAUCAUGUUCCCCGAUAAGUCCUACAAUGCGGGCACAGCUGCGUUGGAUGACUUCUACCGGCUGUUCCUUAUCCCUGGAGUCGGUCACUGCUCAACAAAUAGCUAUCAGCCAAAUGCAGUAUGGCCCCAGACUACUUUGCAGACCGUCAUCGACUGGGUCGAAAACGGCAAGGCACCGUCCACACUUGCUGGUUCUGGGGACGAUAUCAAGUCUAUGUGCAAAUGGCCUCUCCGCCCACAAUGGACAAAUAAUGGCAAGACUUUUGAGUGUGUCUUUUCCCAGAAGUCUAUUGACAGCUUCACUUAUGAUCUCAAUGCCUACAAGCUCCCUGUGUACUAG